CUGUGUGAGAGGCAACUCUGUAGUUAAGACUGAAGCAAAAAGAGCCUGCAGGAUCUGAACUCUGCAAAAAAAAAAAAAAAUCUUGCAGCCUUUAGUUCUGUGUAUGGUCUUUUCCUGUCUCUGGUAGCAAACUUUUUUUUUUUUAAAAACCCAUGCUAUGUACAGCUUCCCUUCCUGUCCUUGGGGAGAGGAUAAUGAGUCAUGGGAGGACAUUGCUUAAUGCCCUGGAGGUGCUUGGAUUGUCUGGAUCGGGCAGGAACAUACUCAGUUGUGGGUCAGAGUUGCUCAAGAUAAAUGCACACUUGAACGUGACUGAUAACUAGGGAGACCAAAACAAGAUGCCUUCACAGGAGAACUUGUCAGAGGAAAUGUAGAUGUGCCUGGAUUUUGCUCUAGAAACAAAUACUUUUGAGACUCAGCAGCUGCUCUGGAGAAACGUCCCCUGUGUAGAACCCCAGCUCCUGUACCAUGUACCAGUCUGGUUUUGUGCCACGGGAGUAUUACCCAACCGUGAUCCCACCUUCUGCCUACGCCCAUCCACCGCUGCGGACUGGGAGAGCAGAAGACAUGACCAGCUCCAUGAUGUUCCCUCCCAUCCACAUGCCCAGCUACUACAGCCAACCCAUUGCCUUUGUGGUGGACCGGAACAGCUACCCUGACUAUGUGGGAGGUCAGGUGGAGUAUCAUCAUCUCUACAGUGCCUCCAAUCCCUACUUCCGUCCGUACUACACCUGGCACUUCCCUCCUGUGGUCCCAAUCCCUCUCUACAAUCCCUAUGCAAGCUACAAUCCCUAUGCUGCCUACCAGAGGUCAGAUCAGUAUCGAGACAUGUGGCCAGAAGGCUUCACGAUGAGAGGGGAGCUUCAAUGGGGGAAGCUUGGAAAGGUGUUUGGACCAAGGAAAGACCUCCCAGAAUUUGUGAAGGAUGAUCUCCGGAGGGUUUACGGCACCUACCCACGGACCAGUGUCUCCAUAACCUACCGGAAAGGGGAGUUCUUGGUCAAGGGAGACCCCAAGGCAGGAGAGCAGGUAUAUGCAGUGGAAAAAAAAGUCAUCCAGCGGGCUGUGACACCCAGUGCUAGCGAGGCAGAUGACAGCAGUGAGGACCGGAACCGUAAGAAGAAAAAGAAACUGAGGCAUUGAUGUGGUCAGUCACCUGAUGGACAGAUGCUCCAGAGCACUUGUGAGAGCCAGUUAGCUGUUCUUGGUGCAGCUGGCAAGUAGUACAAGCAAUGAAUGCCACCACUCCCAUUGGUUUUUAAUUGCUCCCCAUCUUCCACAAGCUUAUGACAGCUUUACCCUGUUUGAUGCACAAUGCCCAUCCUGUGAAGAAACCACAUGGCACUUGAUUGUCUGCCUAUCAGCUAUUUUGUUCCUGAUUUUGAAGUGAAAGUUUGAUUUCCACUGGUUUGCUUGAGUGGUCACAGUCUGGUGGGGGGAUUUGCAGACAGCAGCCCUUGAUUAGAAGGUGGACUUCUUCCUGCCCUGCCCAAGGGAAGGUCCUGGAAGCUGGCUCCCUUCCUGGCACUUGGUUAAGGAGAUAAAUGGGAUUUCUUCCAGGCUGGGGGCAGUGUAGGUCCCAGGGGAGAGAGGGGUUCUUGAACACUGUGAAGAGCAAUUGUCUGCAUAUCUUGUCAUUGCUGUUUAUGACCAUACUGUUGUGCUUAAUCACCUUGUGAUGCCUGUACACAGCACUUCCCUAUAUGCUGGUGGAAGAUCUUUGUGUCCCCAUCUUCUCACACUUGGUAACCUAGUGCUCAGUUCUCCUGGCCAUGUGUACUUGUUGAAGUUGCUGCUUGAGGCCCUGUUCUGGGUCUGACUCAGCUCUGGCUGGAGGUGCUGGCUCUCCAGCAAGUUUACUGGAGUUGUGUGGACCACAGCACUUCCACAGCUUGGCCUUUUGGAAGGGUGGACUUCAGAGUUGUGCUGGAAACCUGGAGGGUUGUGAGGGGCUGGGUCUGACUUGCUUGCAAACUUCUGUACCUUUUAAAUGAUUAUAAAUAAACAACAA